AUGUUCGAGUCCGUUUUCUUUGCCCAGGUCGGAGAUCUCUACUUCGUUCACGAGCGAGGUGUCCGCGUCGGCAUUGUGACGACGUGCAUUGCUGGUCUGUCCAACCUCCCGCCCAUGCUCGCCGGAAAGAUUGCCAUGGAACUGGGAUGGCGCUGGGUCUUCCAUCUGCUGUCCAUCUUCCUCGGUAUUGGCCUGCUUGGGGCCGUCUUGUUUGGCUGGGAGACUGCGUACAACCGUAGCGCGGUAUACAACACCGAUGUGGCUUCUGAAGACAUCUUGGAUACUCUGGAAGCUAAGCGCGCCGCAACAUAUCACGUCGAACGCAGCGAUGAGAACGCGACAAGACUCGAGAAAAGCCAGACGCAGACCACCACGGCAAGCGCCGCCGUUCCCAAGAAGUCCUUCGUCGCCAUGAUGCACCCAUUCUCGGCAACCUACACCGACAAACCAUUAUGGCAACUCGUCCUCGGCCCCCUCUUUGUUCUCUACAACCCGGCCGUGAUCUGGGCCAUCGCCCUCAUGGCCUUCCCAACCCUCUGGAUCGUCGCUAUCAACCUUCUCAUCUCCCAGAUCUUCUCCGCCCCGCCCUUCCUCCUCACCACAGCACAACUGGGCUAUAUGUCCGCCGGCGUGGUCGUGGGCGGUACGCUCGGUUCUCUCGCUGCGGGCGCCAUUUCGGAUCCCAUCAUCAAGUACCUCUCUCGGAGGAAUAGCGGUGUCUACGAGCCGGAGUUCCGCCUGUUUCUCAUUAUUCCGUGCUUCAUCCUGUCGGCGAUUGCUUACUUCCUCUUUGGCACUCUGAUCGAGCAGGGAAAGAGUCCCGUUGCCAUGGCUGCGCUCUGGGGACUUGCGGGCGCCGGUAUCCAGUUUGGCAUGCAGGCCGUGGGCACGUACUGCGUCGAUGCCUACCGCACCAGCAGUGUGGAGAUAUUCAUCUCUACCAUGGUCAUUAAGAACUUCCUCUUCUUUGGAUUCUCAUACUUUUUGAACGACUGGGUCGCCGAGUGGGGAGCAAAACGCAUGUUCUACUGCAUCGCUGGCAUCCAGAUGGGACUGUGUCUGACCACCAUUCCUCUGUAUAUCUUUGGUAAGAGAAUCCGGGCCUGGUGGCAUAAGCCAUCCGCUGGCCGACCCUAG